ACUCCACAACUUGUAAUGGCGUCCGCAGUCUGUGAGGGUAGGUAAGGGUUAACGUUGGUGGGGCGCUGUGACUCUGGAUGCGAAAAAAAUCAGCGGCUGCAAAGCUAGAGAGGGAUGCGGAAUCUCUGGGAGAAGAUAAACACACAACACGUAGUGGUAUAGGACACUUAGUGACAGAAUGGAGACUCUGAGGUGGCCCACUCUUUGAUGCGGGACUUUCUGCUGGUGCGAGGAGGAGGCAGCGACAGCGGUUUCAUCCUGGCGAAAGCCGAGCAGCUAUGCGGGUGGCGACAAGUGGCUCGGCGGCAACGCAUCUCCUUCUGUGCCUGCUGGGUUGUAACGUAUGGAAAGCGGUGACCAAAACAUUACAGGAUUCUACAGCUCAAGAAGUCACAUUAAAGGUUCAUGUUAGUGAUGCCAGCACCCAUCAGCCAGUAACAGAAGCCCUCAUUGAAGUUUUUGCAGAUCAAACUUCCAUUGCCACUCAAAGCUCGAGAAAUGAUGGUAUUGUCUUCAUUAAAUUUAAGUACAGACUUGGCAGUCAGUUGAUAGUAACAGCAAACAAGCAUGGUUAUGUGCCGAAUUCUGCACCCUGGAGACCCACAAGGUUGCCUGUGUUUUCUUCUCUCAGCCUUGGAUUACUUCCGGAACGAGCAGCCACUUUAAUGGUGUACGAAGAUGUUGUUCAGAUAGUCUCAGGGUUUCAAGGUUUUCGAGCUCAGCCAAAAAUUCAUUUUCCAAGAAGAGCAUUGAAUUUGCCCAUAAAUUCUUCAUACAAUAACUUGACAGUUUUUCUAACUGUUGCAUCCUCUCCAUGGGAACUGGAUAGUUUUCCUUACCUUCAGGGAGUAGAUGGAAAUGGAACAGGAAAUGGCAGCAAAUUUGAGCUGACCCCUAUCACUGCAAUCAGUGUUCAUCUGUACAACAAUGACGGGACUGAAAUCCUUGUGAAUGGGCCUAUCUAUGUGACGGUACCUCUGCCUGCCAACAUCAAUCUGAAACAUGAUAACCAUGUUCCAGCCUGGAAAUUUGACCAAAAACUCGGAGCAUGGCUGAAGAGUGGUCUGGGCCUAGUACAACAGGAAGGAAACCAGCUUACUUGGACAUACAUUGCACCACAGUUGGGCUAUUGGGUUGCCGCCAUGUCUCCAGUUUACCCAGGUCCAGUGACAAAGAAGGACAUAACCACCUACCAUACAUUUUUCCUCUUGGCAAUACUGGGAGGAAUGGCCAUCAUUCUGCUAGUUUUACUUUGCCUACUCCUCUAUUAUUGCAGGAGGAAGUGUUUGAAACCACGUCAGCAUCAUAGAAAACUUCUUCAUCCCUCAGUACUAGAGAGUUCCAAGAAGGAUCAAGCAACAUCUAUGUCCCAUAUAAAUUUAAUCAGUGCAGUUAAUAUGGAAAUUGUAUCAUCAAGUGGAGAAGCAGACAUACAUACCCCCAUGCUUAAACCUUCAUAUAGUACAUCACGGGAAUUCAUUUACAGAGAAGAAUUAAUUUCCCAAAAAGACAGCCAUAAAAGUCGAACUUCCAUUGACAACUUUUCACAAAGAGGAACAUUGCAGAAAGAGUACCACAGUUCAGUAGAAAUGUUCCCCUUAAAAAUGGCUAGAUCAAUUGAGGGACAUGGUGGGUCUGGCGAAUACAAUAGGAGUUACAAUUCGGUUACUUCUCGGCCUUUACUUGAAACACAGGACAAAGAAGUUCAGGUGUCAGUCAACCACAUUUCUGCUGAAAGCAAUUACAGUUUACGAGAAAAGAUGUACCAGAUGCCUUGUGUUACUGAAAAAGAGCCAUUAGAACGAAGACCUCCAGAUUACAUGAUGUCCCGUUCAGCUGAUCAUCUUGAACGGCCAACCUCUUUUCCUUAUCCAGGACAACUCAUUUGUUAUAACUCUGUUGAUCAAGUAAAUGAAAAUAUUUACAGAAAAAUAUUACCUACAUUGGUUAUCCCAGCUCAUUACAUGAAGUUACCUGCAGAGCAUCCAUAUAUGAGUCAACCUUUGAUUGUCCCAGCUGAGGAAUCAUACGAAACUGAACAACUUCAGAAACCUCAUCAGCAGCAGAAUCAGUUUGUACAGCAUCAGGAUCAUUUGCCACAAACUUCACACACCUUAUCUCAGCAGCAUCUCCAUAAUAUAGAUAACACUGAGUGGACUCUGCAGAACUGUUCUGUUCCAGAAUCUUUGUCUAUCCCAGCAUCCCUCAGUGAAGCAGCUGUAUCACAGAUGAAUGGAGACCUACAGCUUUUCACAGAGAAAACACUGAUAGAAUUAAAUGGUGGUAAACCUUUGCCUCAUCCUCGUGCAUGGUUUGUAUCCCUAGAUGGACGUUCAAAUGCUCAAGUGAGACAUUCCUAUAUUGACUUGCAGAGGGCUGGCAGAAAUGGAAGUAACGAUGCUAGUUUAGAUUCAGGUGUUGACAUGAAUGAACUCAGAUUGGGUCGCAGGGGCAGAGAGCAACGUUUCAAUGUAUUCCAGCACCCACGUCUUAAGCAGCAACAACAAACAAUACAUGAACCGCAUUUUUCAGAUAACACAACUUAUACACAGCUUGUGUAUUUAGAUGAUGUUGACCAAAGUGGUAGUGAGUGUGGGACUGCAGUCUGUAGCCCAGAAGACAAUUCACUUAUGCCAUUGUUGGAUGGAGAUCCAAGCAAUAAUGAUAUGCUGCCCAGUUCACAAGAAAGAGUGCUAGAAAAUGAACCUAAGCCAUCCAUCAGCCCUGAUCAUGAGCUGCCUCCACCACCGUCUCCUCCUUCUCCUCCUCAUACACAUGAUGACUCAGAUGACCAGGGAGAAAAAAAGAGUCCUUGGCAGAAACGAGAAGAAAGACCAUUAAUAGCUUUUAAUAUAAAGUGAAAUUGUUGUUCCAUCCAUUUCUUGUCUGUGCUCUUCCCUCUGGAAUAUAAAUUUGCCAAAUAUUAAUUUAAUGAAAGUGCUUACUCAGCAGUGGGAAUACCAGUCUUUAUAUUUAAAGACACGGUUUAAAAGUUAACUGCUUAUGUAUAAAUCAGAGAACAGGUAAAUAAAGAAAGAAGAUGAGCAGAAGACACUGUGAUGGAUGUCUGUGUUGCAAUCAGUGGCAGUUUAAAGAAAGAAUGACUUCAUGUAUGGGGUACAUGUCACCAGCUCUAAGAAUAAAAGUUAAGUUGCUUGCCAAGUGGUUGGCCUCUGUUCAGCAUGCAGUGGCAGCAAACUGAAAAGGCAUUAAGUUUUAAAAGCUGUUAUUUUUUGUAUAAUGUUAACUGAAGGCUCUUUUAAAAAAAAAAAAAAAAAAAAAGAGGAUUAUGACGUUAGUGUCAGAACACAUUUGAAAGAAUGGCUAUGCAUUGCAUUGCUGCUUUUUAUUGUUUUGUUAAUAUUUUGCUCUGUGUUGAUUUUAAUCAGUCUUCAAAUUUGGAUGUACACAUUCUAUGCCUUCUGCUAUAUUGUUUCUAUUUUUCAUUUAUUUAACUUUUAUUUGUAAGCUCUGGGAAAGUUGUAUGUCAGCUCUUGGCAGUAAAGCCUUUUUAUUUUUUUAUUUGUAAGUGAACACAGGUGUCCAAUUCUUCCGUAAUUUAGUUCCAUUGCAACAAGUGCCUUUUUAACAGCUCAUUCAAACAUAACUGAAAAAAGUCAAACUCAAAGAUACAAACAUUAUUAAUUUUAUUUCUUUUAGCUGCAUGCAUCGCUUGCCGGGUUUAUGCCCUUACUUCUCAGUUCUGAUGCAAACGAAAAGUGUAGCUAGAAAUGUGUAUUGUGGGUACUGUUUUGCUUGAGUAGCAUAAGGGACAUCUGACGGCCCUACUAAAUAGAUAAAUGAUUCAGUAAUGUGUAUAUGUAAGGUUAGAAUCUAGAAUUUUUUUAAAAAAGUUGCCAUUGAUUUAUUUGCAGACUGUAAAACACGUGAGUGGGAUGUAUGUGCUUAAACUAAGGUUGAGCCUUAAGGAUGACAAGAUUCUUAGUUAUCUUCCAAGUUAUCAUACAGAAUAACAUUUAAAAGCAUGACAGCUUGGAUUGUUUUGACCUACCUCCAGAAUGGCAGAUGUUUCAAAUGGUAAUUUCAAAGCAAGAUAGCGCUGUAUGCUUCCGUUUCAGUUUAGAUUUGCCUCUCAAAAUGUUUUGAAUAGUAAUCUUAAAACUGUAUGUCACACAAAUGCUGGAAAGUGUUAAUAAAUCUACAGAUGUAUUACUUCAAUUUUUUUUAAAUUCCAAGUAGAACUGGUAUGUUGUGUGCUUCCACUAUAUAAAGUACAUCUGUUUAAUGUUGUAUCUUCACCACCACCACAAACUGCUCACUGUGUUAUGCUGUCAUACCAAAACCAAUUAAGUUGGAUUGCUGUUUGGCUGGUGAUUAUUUAUAUUUUUAAUUUUACAGACUUCAUUUCUUACUCUUAAAUCACUGCAGUAACAUUUGACAGUUACUUGUUGUGGUGUGAGCAAAGACUUUUUUUUUUAAAUUUCAAAAUGGAACAAAGCCAGAUUUCAAUUGUUAAUUCACUGCAAUCAAUAUUAAUGCAACCGUUGUAAAACAAUAUGAAAGAACUGUAAAAAAAUUCAGGUAUUUUUGCCAAAUAGCAAGAUGAAUGUAGGAUGUAUAUUGCUAUAUUACAGCGUGCAUUAAAACUUCUUUUCCAGUU